AACUUAUCAGCGACUGUGAUCGUUGAGUGAGUUAUACAGAUUUACAGUCAUUGGGUCACCUCCGAACGUAUUGCCCAAGCAUGUCGCAAUCUGCUGCAUUUGCUGGCUUGUGGUCGUCGCUUCCGACACCAUUAACACCAUGGGUUCUAGAUGUUAUACAAUCGAUGGGGCAUACAAAAAUGACGCCCGUUCAAGCUUCCACAAUACCGCUGUUUAUGCAGCAUAAAGACGUAGUAGUUGAGGCUGUGACAGGUUCUGGCAAGACACUGGCGUUUGUCAUCCCCAUUCUCGAGCGUCUUAUCAGAAGGGAUGCUAGACUCAGGAGAAAUGAGGUUGGUGCACUGAUAAUCAGUCCUACGAGAGAGCUCGCUACUCAGAUCCAUUCCGUAUUUUCUCUCUUCUUGAAUGCCCAACCAGACAAUAACACAUCAAAUGAGUCUGAAGGUGGAAAAGGAUCAUCGCCACCUCCAGCAGACACUGAAUACUCAGGAGCGGGAUUUCCUCCACCCCUUCUACUCAUUUCAUCGGAGAAAUCUUCCCCAGCUCAGGAUAUACAGCGGUUUCUGUCUACUAGGGCUGACAUCAUCAUCGGCACACCUGGGCGUAUGGAAGAAUUUCUUAUAGGAAAAGGGAAAACUAUUGUUAGCGUCAAGGAGUUGGAAGUGUUGGUAUUGGAUGAGGCAGACCGUUUGCUUGACCUAGGCUUUCAAGCUGCUCUGACUCGCAUUAUCACUCAUAUUCCGAAACAAAGGAGAACUGGUCUUUUCAGCGCGACGAUGACGGACGCUGAUGCUAUUUCUGAAUUGGUUCGCGUUGGCUUGCGAAAUCCUGCUCGCAUCGUUGUCAAAGUGCAAUCAAAGAGAACAAAGGCAACGAAGUCAGGAACCUUACAAGAAAACCAAGUCAUCGAGGAAAGGCGAAUACCCGCAGGACUUCAAAACUUCUAUAUCAACUGUCUCCCGUCCGAAAAGCUGGUCCAGCUGACACGUAUCAUCAAGCAGGAGUCGUCAUCUCAUCACGCACCACACUUCAUUGUGUACUUCGCAACUUGCGCAUGCGUUGAUUAUUUUUAUCGCAUUUUAUCAACACUGUUACCAUCAAAUGUCCAACUACAUUCCCUCCAUGGACACCUCCCUCCCGCAGCUCGCACUCGUGCUCUCUCGGCCUUUUCCUCAACUUUGUCUUCGACCUCUUCCCCUUCAGUGCUUCUUGCUACGGACGUCGCAGCCCGAGGACUUGACAUUCCUCAUGUUGAUGUUGUUAUUCAAUUUGACCCCCCAUCUGAUUCAAAAGCCUUUUCCCAUCGUUGCGGUCGGACAGCUAGAGCUGGAAGGAGUGGGAAGGCAUACGCGCUCUUAGUAGAAAGAGAAAUUGAGUACAUUGAUUUCUUGUCCGUACGAAAAAUUCCAAUCAAGCAGCAUCCAUACAUACUAGCGGAUGGAGGAACAAGACCGGAUACAGAUUGUUCCUCGACAGAGGAUGAUGUCGUCAAUACCUUUAUGUCCCAGAUCAGACGAACUGUGAUGACAGAUCGCGCGCUGCAUGACAAGGCUGUGAUGGCGUUUGUCUCCUUCGUUCGUGCAUACUCGAAGCAUGAGGCUUCCUACAUCUUCCGAAUCAAAGACCUAGACUUAAUAGGUGUUGCCAAAAGCUUCGGUCUGCUGCGUCUGCCACGGAUGCCCGAACUAAAAGAUCGUGACAAGUCACGAUGGGAAAACGAAAAACUCGACUGGGAUUCAUACUCUUAUGCGGACAAGGCACAGGAGGCCAAGCGAGUUGAAGAAGCUUCGAAGAAGGCGGUAAUAAAGCACGACUCCGAGACUCGAGCUGCCAAACGCAAGCGGAAUGCUGCAUGGAGUCAGCAAGCUGAUGACAGGGAAGACAAAGACAAGCGCCGGACAAAAAAGGAGAGAAAAAGGCAAUGGCUUAAAAGCCAAACGGCUGGCAGUGGCGACUCAAAAGGUGCCCUCCAAACUAGCAGAGACAAGCCAGAGGAGAGCAGAGGCGAGGACGAUUGGGACGAACUGGCACGCGAAGAACGAUUGGCCAAAAAACUGCGGAAGGGAGCUGUAUCGCAGAAAGAAUUCGAUAAGGAGUUCGGUGACUUGUGAAAGUGUGCCAAUAUUUUGUGCCCUCUAUCUUGAUCUGAAACUACUAUUCCUUGUUCAAGGUGAUUGAUGGUGCAUCCCUAUGUUAGCAUCACAACACCUGUGAAAGCCACCUACAUCAAGAGUGACCAGCACUACGCGUAUUCCAGACUUUCGACUGGUAAGUAAUCCGGUAAACUCUUUGCGCCAACCGGUUCGGGAAUUCUGUUCGGGGCAUCUAGUGAGGUAUUUGCGUCGCAAACUUCACAACGUGAUGUCGUUCUGCGUCCGACCUGCAUGAUCUUGCUCUUCGAAUCCAGAGUGAACGCGCGCAAAUCUCGCUUCGCCUUCAAAU